GUUUGUCAACUUCCAUAGCUCCGUGCAGAAAUCUAAGGAGGACAAAGUAGAGGAGUUCGCCACACCCUCCGCGAUGUUGGUGGUGAUCUUGACGCCUCAUGUGCGGCCAAAGGCGGGUCCUGCGGCCGUGCACAUCUUGCGGAACCUCGAAGGGGGGCCCGAGGAGGACGGGCAGAUCUUGGAGAAUCCGUCCUUCCACGAAGUCUUGGCCACCAGCGCGGGCUUGGCCAAGGGCCGGGAGUACAGCAGCGCCAGUGAGGUGGGAGCCGUGUUGAAGUUGCCGGCGGAUGGAAAAGAUUUGUUGGUCGUGCCCAGCUUGAAACGUCCUGGCGACCAGGGGCGCUUCACCAUCUCCUUCAUGUCCACGCGGGACAUUCAAGUCGAACGCAUCCAGUGAUGAGACGUUUCACCCUUCACCAAACGGUGACGAGAAGGGAAUUCAUUAGCUUACCAAACGGGUACCUGAUAUGAG